AUGUGGGUGGCCCUGCUGCUGCUGCUGCUGCCGAGGGCGCGGCGCCUCAGCCUGGCAGGGCCUUCCCAGGACGGGGUCCCUCUUUUCCGGCUCACCCAGCAGUGCCCCUGGGGAAGCGGGGCCGGCAACGCCACGGGGUCGCCCUGCGAGGGGCUUUCCGCCACGGGGGCCACGACCCUGACGCUGGCGAACCGCGGCCUGGAGCGCCUGGCCUUCGCCUGCUUCCCCGCGCUGCGUCUGCUCAACCUCUCCUUCACCGCGCUGGGCAGCGGCGCCCUGGGGGCCAUCGCCGACGCCGCCUUCGCGCCCCUGGCCGCCCUGGAAGUCCUGGACCUCAGUGGCACGCUCCUCGAUCAGGUUCGGUCAGGGUGGAUCAGACACCUGCCCAAGCUCACCUCCCUCUACCUGAGGAAGAUGCCCAGGCUGAGGAGCCUGGAGGGGGACAUUUUCAGGAUGACCCCUGAACUGCAACAGCUGGAUUGUCAAGAUUCCCCGGCACUUACCUCGGUCCAGACGCACAUCUUCCAGGACACCCCUCGCCUACAGCUCCUUCUGCUCCAGAACUGCAACUUGAGUUCCUUCCCUCCUUGGACCCUUAAUUCCUCCCAGGUCCUGUCCAUCAACCUCUUUGGCAACCCCCUCACUUGUAGCUGUGAGUUGUCCUGGCUCCUCAUGGAUGCAAAGAGGACUGUCCUAAGCAGGGCAGCAGACACUGUGUGCGCACCAGCUGCAGGAUCCCCCGGGGCCUUCUCAGCCCCUCUAGUGCUGUCCCAGCUGCCCAGUGUGUGCCACUGGGCCCAAAGCACCACCCUCCUGGAUUCCAACCCACCCUCCCCUCUCCGCUCCACCCUGGCACCAUCUACACAGGGUUCCUUCACCCCGCCGCGCACAGCCCCCUCCACGCAAGCUGUGGGAGGCCCGCAGAGCGUGACCAAGGCCCCCUCCCACCCGGCGGGCACCCCAGCAGCAGCUGCGUGGUCACUCAGCAGUGUCGGGGAGGGGGCCGCCUCCCCCACCAUCUCCACAGCAGCUCCCCAACGCGCCAGCGACCCACCCGGGGCUGCAGGCACAGCCAGGGCCCGGCACGGAGAACUCGCCGCCCGCCUGGUCCUGGACCCGAGUGUCUCAGCUGCCUCCGCCCCACCGGCCAGCAAACAACUGGGUCUCUCCCCUGCCUCCGGGGACCCACGGGGCGCACCCCAGCGCGCCUGGAGCACACAGGCCGCCCCGCAGGCUCCCCACCCAAGUCCUCCCGAGGGCGGAAUCCCGAUCUUGCUUUUGGAUGAUGACUCCGGCGAGGAGGAGGCGGGGAAGCGGGAGAAGGUGGGCGCGCCUCCCCAGGACGUCGCCUGUGACUACCACCCUUGUAAGCACCUCCAGACCCCGUGCGCGCAGCUGCAGAGGCGCUUGUGGUGCCGGUGCCCCGGCUUCAGCCAGGAAGACACCGUCCCUGACCCCCCCAGGCUGCAGGGCGUGUCGGAGACCACGGACACGUCCGCGCUCGUCCGCUGGUGCGCCCCCAACUCGGUGGUGCGCAGCUUCCAGAUCCGCUACUCCCCGGAGGGCUGGCGGGGCAACCAGUCGGUGGUGGGGGACAUCUACGCCACCGCCCGGCAGCACCCCCUCUACGGGCUGUCGCCGGGCACCACCUACCAGGUCUGCGUCCUGGCGGCCAACAGGGCGGGGCUGAUGCUGAGACAUGCUCAACGUGCCUCUUGGGUGGUCCAGACUUCUACCUUCAGCCUCGCCACCUCCCAGGAUAAGUAA